AUGAUACACUUUCUCUUGAUCCCAUUUUUCUACUCUAUUCAGUGUUCAGAUGAAAACUGGUUGCAGAAAAAGUGUGAACCAUCAUGCAUAUUUCAGCAAGGAACCUUAGAUUCCAAUAAUCUUAAUUUAUUUCCAAAAAAUUGUAGUUCCAUUUGUGCAGACUUGGUGAUUGAUGCGGAUUCCAAUUUAACAGAAAACGAGCUUAUUCCAACUUUCAAAAAUGUAAAAAUUAUUUUUGGAACUAUUAUCAUUUCUCGUACAAAUCUCACAAGUCUCAAAUUUCUAGCUGGAUUAGAAUCCCUGGAAUGUGAUGAUAUUGCGUCGGAUCCGGACCUUAAUAACCCAAAAAAUGGUCUGAAGCUGUAUAAGAAUUUCGAAAUGACGGAAAUCGGAAUGAUCAAUUGGACAAAUACUUCGUGUAGUGUUCAAAUUGAAAUGUAUGCCAACUUUUCGAAUUUUAAUGUUCCGAAUUUAAAGAACUUCAACUCCUCGGAUCCGAGCAAACAUGAAAUUUAUAUACAGUACGAUUAUUUUGGAAUCAUUUCACAAAAUUACGUUUGUUUUUCACUAGAAGAAACAAGCAACUUUUAUGGUGCUGAAAAUGUUGUAAUGAGCUACCAAAACCAAAAAUAUUGUGAUCAUUUGAGUUCCACAGUUUUUGGUGAAAAAUUGUGUAAAAUACCGGAAAACGAAAAUAUCAAAAAUUUGGAAGAAAAUUGUCAGCGAAUUUUUGGAAUUCUGAAAAUUGGACCUGGAGAUGAAAAUUUUGUUUACAAACUAAAAAAUGUAACUUGGAUUUAUGGAAAACUGAUUAUCGAAAAUACAACUUUGACAAGUAUCGAUUUUUUGAACAAUUUGGAAUUUGUGAUAAGUUUUAACGAACAGUGUGAAACAUCUUCGUUACAAUUUUCGCACAAUAAAAAUUUGAUGGAAAUUAGGCUUCCGAAUUUGAAGCGAAUUUUUGGAAUUCUAAAAAUCGGACCUGGAGAUGAAAAAUUUGUUUACAAACUAAAAAAUGUAACUUGGAUUUAUGGACAACUGAUUGUUGAAAACACAAACCUGACCUCAAUUAAUUUUUUGAACAAUUUGGGAUUUGUGAUAAGCUUUGACAACUAUUGGAAAAGAUCGUCAUUACAAAUAUUGCAAAACAAAAAUUUGAUGGAAAUUAAGCUUCCGAAUUUGAAGAAAGUGUUAGGAGGAUACAACCCAUUUGUGAUAACUGGAAAUAAUGGAAAUUUUGCAAACUUUUCAAAAAUUUGUAGCGAAAUUAGACAUGUGUUAUACAAAGCUCCAAGCAAUGUGCCUUAUGUUGAUAGGCAAACUUGUGAAGCGAUUCAAAAAAAAAAUAUGGAGCGUGUGCAAAUUCUGGAAAUUCUGAAAGUUUUUCGAAAUCGUUAA